AUGAGGAAGUUCUCCCGCGCCGCGGCCUGCUCUGCCUUGUUCUGCUCCGCUUCCUCGAGUUCAGCGGCUUUUCGUUUUGGAACCUCAAGUUCUCCGCAUGCCCGCGCGAAGCGGUUCCUCUUGCGGACGUCGUCUGCCGUCUUCCGCUGCGCCGCCCUUUUCAGGUGCCCCGCCAACCGCGUCGCCAAUUCCUGGACAGACCCUGUCGAACUCUUCCGCAUCAACACUGCCGGGCGACAAAAGCCCCUGCGCUUUUCCCGCCCGCGGCGCAGCGCAAGCUUGCGACGAGUUUGGUUUACGUGCUCUCCCUACUCGCUGUCAGUCCGCGAGCCUCCUGCGCCAGGCAGACUGCCGCCUCUUUUUCGUUUCUUCAUUUCGAACCCGUUCCGGCCCGAAACCCUCGCCCUCUUCCUCUUCCUCUUCUGCCCGCGGCAAUGCCGUCUGCUGCCGGCGGGUGGCGCCCCAGCAGCUGCGUCACAUGUGGCGCCGCAACGCACCCGGAGGAAACGCGCAUCCCGCGACGGAGGGCCCCGGCGUAUUCGCAUGCGCCCACGACGACGCUCGCUCCUCCCCGCAGAAGGGGGCGUAUGUGUGCACUGUGCAGGGCACACGACAACUGCGAUGGUGCUCCUCCCACGCACUGCACCCGCCAUUGGCGUCCCCACACACAUCUCCGUCUGUGUGUGUGUGUGUGCGUGCGGCUACGCGCAGCUACCAACCACUCACUGUGGAAAUGUCACCGCCUCGUUGCGGUGGCAUGUUGUGCCGCAAUGCACUCAGGCGAGAAGGUGCAGGGCACACCAGUCCGCUAAGGCGAGAAGGAGGAGGAGCGCCGCCGCAGUGCCCCCCACGACGCAAACACGCAGGGCGCCCAGCACGUGGGCUCCGCGAGAGGACAUUUUGCCACGCGACGCGGCCGCACGGGGCGCAGCCGGCGAAGGCGGCAGCAGCAGACAAGAGGGGUCCUGCACUCCCUGCCGCGUCGCUGCAGCUGACGGCGCCGCACUGGAAGUCAAGACACCCCCACACACAAGCAGCGCCCUGCACCCGCAAGGAUAA